UUCUUAGUUUAGUUACUUUACCUAAUUAUGGAUUAUAUGUACAUAAAUUAGGUGAAGAACAUGAAUUAGGUGGACGUAAAUUAGACGAACAUGAAUUAGAAGGACGUAAAUUAGAAGAACAUAAAUUAGAAAAAAGACAAAAUCCUUACUCAAUUGAAGCAAAACUUGCGUAA